AGUGUCAACGUGACAGUAGUAAGUAGUGGUCGGUCACUGACACUUGGUCUAUUCAUAAUUUCUUCAUUCAUUCAUCACAAUCAUCUGCAAUGCUGUGAAAUGAAAAGCGUAGUUAAAAACUAUUAUUUUAGUUUUAUUUCUGUUCAUGAGUGAAUAGAUGCCGGUGAAUAAAUGAAGACUUCGCGAAACUCAGCAGGGACCACCACAAUGAGGAAAUAUUAUCAACUUAUACUCGUCAUAGUGUGCUUUAUGAGUAUUGUUACAUUACUCAUAUACCGCCACGAAUACUACAGGCUUAGAUAUGUACUAGAAGUACUGAAUUUCUUUGGCAAACCGGGGCUGUCUGAAAUCGAGUUCUGCGGCCCCGGGUUUAACGCGACGAUGCUGUCUGAAAUACUCCGAAACUCGUCGAUGGAAAUCCGUGAAACGCCGCCACUGUUUCAGCAGAUUGACGAAAACUUUUACUCCUAUUCAUCUUUCUUGAGAUCAUAUCAGAAGUAUGAUAAGUUGACGCCAAUGCAUGCCCAUAACAUUGACACUAUAGUGAUCGGUAAGGCGCACGUCCCACCGAACUUUCGUUGCAACAUCUGGCUGGAGAACACUAACAAACCAAAAGCAGGCAGGUUCACUUACAAAAUUGUAUCAGAACCAAUCAAUGAUUUCCGCUUAUACAUCUUCCAGUGUUCACUGAACAAGAAUUUGGGUAAACCAAAAGGGAUAAGUUUCUACAUGAAUGAUUAUAAUAUCAACCCAAUACAUGCCCCAAUUAACAGAGUUAUAGAAGUGAAUACUAAGAGAAAGCCUAGAGAGAGUAGCAGUAUCAAAUUCGUCAAUAACAUAGAACCAGCCAUUUGUGUCAUACCAAAUCAAGUGCCAUUGGUAUCCAGGGAUUCAUUCAUAGAGUUCCUAGUCUUUCAUCACAUGAUGGGCGUUAAUUACUUCACCAUAUAUGACAGCAUGAUAUCUGAAGAUAUUAUCCGGAGACUGAAUUUACUGCCAACUGAUAUAACCCAGUGGAACAUACAAUUCUUCCCGUUGAACUAUCCAUUUAUAUUUGCUAAGUCUUAUAGUAUUGUUAGGGAUGCUAUUGAGCUUGAUUGCUUGUUCAGGAAUUUUAGAUAUGAUAAAGAGGAAGCUGAAAAAGUAAGUCAUGCUAUGGUGAUGGCUUGGGACGAGUUCUUAGCACCAAGAGUACACAAUAAUGUUAAAGAAAUAUUCAAUGAUUUUGACCCAACAAGGAAGUUUAAAACUCUGGAAGUGAAACCUCUUUUGUUCUGUUUGAAUCAAGCUGAUGAUGACAGGACUGAGGAAGGUUAUCCUGAGAUAAUGAAGAAGACACAUUACUACAUGAUGUCUCAAGAAUUGAAGUCAGUAUAUGUGAGGAAUUUGGAUGCCAUGCAGACAUUCGAAGAUAUAUUUACUGUUAACUCGAGUACUAAAGUGUUGCCAAUAGAAAUAUUGGCUGCACACAAGUAUACUGAGUGUAGGGAUCCGAAACAAUACAAUCCUAGUGGCGUGGGGUACAAUGAGACACAGAUGCAGGUAUUCCAACACAAGUUCGAAGGUGCGAUGACGAAGUUUGGUCAGAAUUUAGUUAGCAAUAAAAUCUAUAGGCUGUACAGAUCGGGUAAGAUUUGGGAGAAGAAUACAAACGAAUUUGUUAGGGAUAUGUUAUGAAUUCAAAUGAAUAGGAAUGUUGGUUGAAUAUUAUAGUUGGUAUCCUAUAGGAAUGAAUUAAAUGUAUCAUGAGAAUUGUCUCAACAAUGCAAAGCAUAAUUUCUAUAAUUAAGACUUGGUACGCUUGUGAUUUCUCAAUCAUUAUCCUCAUUGAAGUAUUAAAAUAAGUUAAUAUGAAUGACCUGAACGCCAUAUUAUUUAAACGAUUGGUCAUACAUAGCUUAUUUGCAGCAAUUCAUGAACAAAUUUAAAUUUUUUGUUGGAAUUUACUUUUUUAAUGUUGUUGAAUUUAUUCAAGGUUUGUUAAAUUAAAAAAUAAUGGUAUAAAAUUAAUUGCCUGGAUAGUCGAAUUCUGUUUUUACUUUUUAAUUUAGGUAAUUAUAUUUUACAUAAAGUUUAGGAAUAGUCUUUAAAAAAAGUUGUAGCUAGAAUUAAGCCACCCUUUGGAGAGACCGAUGCGACAGUCCCUUGUGGCCAAGCGACAAUGGCAAUAUAUGAAUACUUUUUCUAAGAAUUGUAAUAUAGUGUCGUCGUGUCAGCCGAAAGACGUCCACUUCUGGACAAAGGCCUCCCCCAAGGUUCGCAAUCAACCUCUUCAGCAACCUGCAUCUACUGCUUCCCGGCAACCUUGGCCAGAUCGCCCGUCCAUCCAAAUUGUGGUUGUCCUGCCCACGCUGCGUUUUCUGGGUCGCGAUUGCCACUCGAGAACUUUAUUGCCCUAAAUAUAGUGUAGUAGAAAAAUAAUAAUGAGUCGCCUCUUACUACAAAUGGUGGCUUUAGUUAACUUCUUCCAGGUAUUAUAACUUAGGAGAUCGGUAAUGUAGAAGGAAAUUAGUGAAUUUAGGAAUCAUUAUAGAAAAUAUUGUUAAGAUGUGCCUUGAUUAUAGUGGUGGCUAGAUAGGAUAAUACAUACCCAAUUUUCCUCCUUAAACCUACGUAAUAAGACUGCUUUUUGAAUAAUAGCAGAAUCCUGUACUUCCUUUUGAUGUCCUAACAAGUUAUUUUCAUCGAAAUUAUAGUCAGCCAGUAGUUUUAUUGUAUGAAUACAUAAUUUUAAUAUAGAUCUCAAAACAAGGUUGCUUAGUUCAGUAUUUUUUUACUUGAGAUUUUUAUCUCAUUUAAAAUGAUUGUUUUAUUAAUUUCCAAAAAUAAAUAUUGUCAUUCAAAGUGGAAAUAUUUUCAUUUGUCUUUUAAGUCUUCCAUUGUUUAUUUUAUUCUUAUUUUUGUUUCUUUGUUUUCAAGAGUUAUUAAUUUUAUUUCCUGUAUGAAAUAAGUAACUAUGGUUUUUUAUUUUAAGGAGUGAAUAAAUAUACCUUAAUUAUUCUUGUUAAGGUUCAGGUUUCUUUGAUUAUUCGCUGUUCCACUCGUUGAGGCAUUUAGUCGCCUCUUGCCUAUGUUUUUAUUCUCCAUGCCUAUUGCCCACAGUGUUUCUGAAUGCUUUCAAACACAAUACUGUAUAUUAUUAUUUAAAAUAUUAAGAAAUUAUCACAUAGCAGUAAUAAUAAGCACUUCCAUACUAUAUGUAACCCUAGUCCAAUAUUAUACUAAAAUAAUAUACAAUUUUAUAACGCACUUGUAUUGUUAACUUGCCAAUGAAAAAGCAACGUUAUUGGAGUUACUUUAAAGUUUGUAAUUAAUAAAAAAUCUUGAGUAGAUUUCAAUGUUUCACUUCAGAAUAGAGGUGACAUAUUAUUUCUUAAGACUGAAUAUAAUACAAAGAAAUGUUUAAAAAAGUGAUUGCUCGAGUGUUGGCUUGUUGAAAUCUACUCAAAAUAAAUAAUUUAAAUAAGAGCAUAGUCUUUGCAACGAUAUAUUUGUUUCUUCCAAAGACUGGUUCGUACUAACACUGAGUGUAUAUUAACAUCCACUAACUGCCAUUGUUUACAAUAAAAUAAAACACAUAAAUGAUA